CUCGGCCCGGGGUCCCUGCGGCGCGUGCGCAGCCCGGGGCCUCGCGCGCCGCGUCGCGUAGCAGCGGGGACGCGGCGGGGCCGGCUGGAGAGGUGGCUUCUGUGCAGCUAGGGUGGAGGCAGCAUGGCUAGAGAUGCACCAGGGGGAGAUUCCUGCAAGGAGCUGGACCAGACGAAGUAUGAUGCAGAUGAGAACGUGAAGAUUAUCUGCCUGGGGGACAGCGCUGUGGGGAAAUCCAAGUUAAUGGAAAGGUUCCUCCUGGAUGGAUUCCGACCCCAGCAGCUCUCUACGUUUGCCUUGACACUCUACAAAUACACAACCAAUGUGGAUGGGAAGAAUAUCCUUGUGGACUUCUGGGACACAGCCGGACAGGAGAGGUUCCAGAGUAUGCAUGCAUCCUAUUACCACAAGGCGCAUGCUUGUAUCAUGGUGUUUGAUGUGCAGAGGAAGGUCACCUACAAGAACCUGAAUAACUGGUACAAGGAGCUGAGAGAGUUCCGCCCAGAGAUCCCCUGCAUCGUGGUGGCCAACAAAAUUGAUGCGGAUUUGAAAGUGACUCAGAAAAGCUUCAACUUUGCCCGGAAGUUCAAUCUGCCCUUCUAUUUUGUCUCAGCUGCAGAUGGCACCAACGUAGUGAAGCUCUUCAGUGAUGCUAUCAAACUGGCUGUCGCGUACAAACAGAAUUCAGGGGAUUUUAUGGAUGAGGUCAUGCGGGAGCUGGAGAGCCCUCUUGGGUACCACACCUCUGAACGCAGCCACUACGCAUCGGCGCUAUGGCAUGGAGGCCUCACUCCCUGCCCCAUGUGCUAAGGCACAGGGCCUUCCUCCCAGCUCUGCGUACCAAAUUCAGGGUAUCUGCCUCACUGGCCCUGAGGAGUAGCUGUGCUCUUAAUCCUAAGAGCUCCUGAUCCAGAUUGGAUCUCUGAGUCAUUGACAUGAGAGAUAAAAACCGCCGACUGGACCCCUCCAGUCCAUUCCUGUGGAUGGUUUCCUGUGGCCUGUUCCCUAGGGCAGCAUUUCCCAAACGGUGUUCUGCACGAUGGGAAUAGGUGUUCCGUGAAAGAAUCUAGAAUUUAAUUUUGACUCUUGCACUUGAUUUUUGUACUACUUUAAACACUCUUUCCAGUUAGAAAGUGUUAGUUCCAGUUAUUUUACAUUUGUAUUUUUGCUUUGUUUUAUGAAAUAAAAUAUAUUGGAGCAU